AUGUGUGACCUUACCGGCACUGGUUUGAUGGCCGUGUCCACUCAUUUUGACAUCCCUUUUCUAUCCAAAAGUGAAAGAAAUGGUCCUGUAUUUCGUUUCUUCAUGGAUUUGGGCGAUGCUGUUUCUUAUGUAAAACAGCUCAAUAUACCAAGUGGGGUGGUUGGUGCUUGCCGUCUUGAUAUUGCAUAUGAGCAUUUCAAGGAGAAGCCUCACCUGUUUCAGUUUGUUCCAAAUCAAAGACAGGUCAAGGAAGCCAACAAGCUUUUGAAAAACUUGCCGCAGAACGAUGAGAGAAUGAAAGUGGACGGUGUUCCUGUGUACACUCCUUACUUUUUUGACAAAAACAUGCUGGAUAAUAUUCUAGAAGAUUCCAUGGAUCAACAUUUCCAAGCAUUAAUUGAAACUCGACACUUUCAACGUCAUGGGGAUGAUAGUAUUGACGACAGUCUCACUGCCGAGGCUGUUGAAGAGAUGGGAGAGAGCAUGUGGGACCCUCCAGAGGUCCAGGAAGUACUAGAUGAAGUGGGUUAUCCUACUAUACCACUGAGCAUCAUUUCAAAGGCUGUCGAGAUACAACUUAUGUAUGCUGUUGACAAGAUGAUGCGGAAGGCCACUGGAAUUCAACCCAAAUUUCAGUACAUGGUUGACUCGUUUGAGAGA